CCAGGAAGUUGAUGAUGUGUAUUUACAAGACGUUCAUAGCUAGCGAAGCUGCGCUUUAGCUACUUAAUGUAGUCUACAAACGAUAGUGGUUACUUAGAGACUGAUACUUUUAUUUAACAUUUAUACGUAGCUUGUUGUUUGAUUUCUAGUCAAGAAUGGUGUAAUAUGCUGUUCCUCGACUAGCCCAACUCGAAUAGAUGGGGGACGUGUCACUUGAGAAUGGAGGAUACUAUCAUCAGUGAUGAUGGCUGCAUUAACGGUGUGGUGGCGGUACACAAGUGGCCAUCUCCUUGGCGGAUGGGGACCGCUGCUCUGCCUGUUCCUGGGCUCUCUGGUGGCGCUGUUGAUGCCCAUGGUGGGGGUGGAGGACCAAUGCUGUGCCACUCUAAAGGGGAUUGCCCAGUUGCACUGCCAGCUGUGGGGUAAAACUCAGCGCCCCACUGUCCAGUCCACCAGCCUCACUGUCCCCUUUACAGCCCUUGAUCUCCUGCCCCUUAGGGCCAAGCCCAGUAUAGAGACCCAGCUGGAGGCCAAGGCAGCCCUGCAACAGGCUGUGGAGAUGAAGAAGCAGGGGAAGAGAGAGAAGGCCCACAAGCUGUUGGUGCAUGCACUCAACAUGAACCCAGACUUUGUGGAAGCUCUGACGGAGCUGGGGACCAUUCUGGAAGAGAAGGACGUUGUCCAGGCGGACCAUCUGUAUACCAAGGCCCUGGCCAUCUCACCAUGCAACGAGAGGGCCCUGGUGAGCCGUGACCGCACACUCCCCCUGGUGGAGGAAAUCGACCAACGCCACUUUGGGGUUAUCGACAGCAAAGUACGCAGGCUGAUGUCCAUCCCCAAAGGUAACUCUGCUCUUAGACGUGUCAUGGAGGAAACAUACUACCACCACAUCUACCACACAGUGGCCAUAGAGGGCAACACACUCACUCUGUCUGAGAUCCGCCAUAUCAUUGAGACUCGCUACGCCGUACCCGGCAAGAGCCUGCAGGAGCAGAACGAGGUCAUCGGUGUGGACGCGGCCAUGAAGUACAUCAACACCACGCUGCUGUCCCGAGCUGGGGCCAUCACUGUCAAUGACAUCCUGGAGAUCCACCGGCGCGUGCUGGGCUAUACAGACCCUGUGGAGGGUGGGCGGCUGCGUACCAGCCAGGUGUUUGUAGGCCACCACAUCCCACCCCACCCCCAGGACCUGGAGCGCCACAUGCAGGACCUGGUGCAGUGGCUCAACUCAGAGGAGGCCCUACAGCUGCACCCCGUGGAGUAUGCAGCGCUUGCGCACUAUAAGCUGGUGUACGUGCACCCCUUUGUGGACGGGAACGGACGUACAUCACGGCUGCUAAUGAACCUGGUGCUCAUGCAGGCACGCUACCCACCCAUCACCAUCCGCAAAGAGCAAAGGUCAGAGUACUACGCCGUCCUGGACACUGCCAACGAAGGCGACGUCCGCCCCUUCAUCCGCUUCAUAGCCAAAUGCACAGAGAUCACCCUGGAUACCCUGCUGAUCGCCACCACUGAGCACCCUGUGGGGCUGCCUGGCUCCAGCCACCACCAAGCCUGUCCAAACUGCAAACAAACCAUACCUGUCCACAACCGUGAGAGGGGACGGGAGUGAGUGGGGCGGGAGGGAGGGUGCAUGACUGUUUGGCUUUGUAUUUCUCUUUUUAUUUAGAUAACUAAUUUGGGGUUAAUCCUGCUCUAAGUGUAAAGAUAUGUCCGUUGAUUUAUGUAUUACUAAUAGCAGCCCUGUGUCAAAAUGAUAGCAUGACCUUGCCCAUUUCUACAGGGAAAUUGCAUCUUUACAUAAAACAAAUAUUCCCAUAUCUCAUGGUUUAAGGUUUCCUCAUACCAGGUAGCUUGAGGUGCAGGUCAGUGGAGGCUGCUGAGGGGAGGACGGCUCAUAAAUGGCUGGAAUGGAGUAAAUGGAAUGGCAUCAAACCAUG